GGGAGCGAUCUCGCACCGGCGUACCCUUGUGGGGGCCGUAAAGCGCGGAAGGUCGCGGUCCCCGGCGUUCCCCGGAACUUUUUACUCCCUCUGCCCCGCCUCUUUCCCUUCCCCGUUCCCCGCGUUCUGGUGCCGGGAGCGCUCGCAACUGUUGUGGCUGCUGUCCCGCUGCCGCCGGGGUGGUGCUGACCGCGGAGCGCUCGGAGGCCCGUGAGAGUGAAUGUCGGGGACCUCCGCCAUAGCCGAGUGAGAGCACACCCCCGAGCUGGCGACAGACGGGAUGUUUUUCCGGUUGCUGUCGGCGGUCCGAAGACAAAGGCCCGGCCGAGGAUGGCGGAACUGGUCGUCAGGGAGGAGCGGCGCGUCGGCUGCCGAGGCGCAUUCCGUCACCCUGCCCACCCAGGCGCAGGUGGUCAUCUGCGGUGGCGGGAUCAUGGGCACGUCCGUGGCCUAUCACCUCUCCAAGAUGGGGUGGAAGGAUAUUGUCCUUUUGGAGCAGGGCAGGCUGGCUGCUGGCUCCACGAGGUUCUGUGCUGGCAUCUUGAGCACCGCCAGGCACUUGACCAUCGAGCAGAAGAUGGCAGACUAUUCCAACAAGCUCUACCACCAGUUAGAGCAAGAAACGGGCAUCCAGACAGGUUACAUAAGGACGGGCUCGGUCUUUCUGGCCCAAACUCAGGACCGGCUGAUCUCCCUGAAGCGCAUCAACUCAAGGCUGAAUGUCAUAGGCAUCCCUUCUGAGAUCAUCUCUCCCAAGAAAGUCGCCGAACUUCACCCUCUCCUCAACGUGCACGACCUGGUGGGGGCCAUGCAUGUUCCUGAGGACGCCGUGGUGUCCUCUGCUGACGUGGCUCUUGCCCUGGCCAGUGCUGCCUCCCAAAAUGGUGUCCAGAUCUAUGACCGGACCAGUGUUCUUCAUGUAAUGGUCAAGAAAGGUCAAGUUACUGGUGUGGAGACAGAUAAAGGACAGAUCGAGUGCCAGUAUUUUGUCAACUGUGCUGGUCAGUGGGCAUACGAGCUGGGUCUGUCCAACGAGGAGCCGGUUAGUAUCCCGUUACAUGCCUGCGAACACUUCUACCUUCUGACUCGCCCCUUGGAGACCCCUCUGCAGAGCAACACACCAACUAUUGUGGAUGCUGACGGAAGGAUUUAUAUCCGGAACUGGCAGGGUGGCAUCUUGUCUGGGGGCUUUGAGAAGAACCCGAAGCCCAUCUUCACUGAGGGCAAGAACCAGCUGGAGAUUCAGAAUCUGCAGGAAGACUGGGAUCACUUUGAGCCCCUGCUGAGUUCCCUCCUGCGUCGCAUGCCCGACCUGGAGACCCUGGAGAUCCUGAAGUUGGUGAACUGCCCCGAGACCUUCACCCCGGACAUGAGGUGCAUCAUGGGCGAGUCUCCUUCGGUGCGGGGCUACUUCGUCCUGGCGGGAAUGAACUCUGGCGGCCUUUCGUUCGGUGGAGGGGCUGGGAGGUUCUCAGCGGAGGGUAGAGACUCAGAUGCCGGCACACGUGUCCAUCAGGCAGAGGAUGAACCGAGCCAGAAAGCAAGCUUCAAAGAGAAGAGCGCAGAGGCCCUCCCUCAAGAGAGCACAAGAUCAAGACAGCACAAGAGGUGACAGGGGAUCCUUUCAGAGAAAAGACCACGUGUCUGAACACAAAGUCCCGUUCACAGCAGUCCGGAUCCCUGGGGUCUCCAGGGAGAGGUGAGUGGUCAUCCGCGGUAACGCACGGGGCCUGACCGCCGCGGGACGACGUUGUCAGGUGUGCGGGGAGGCAGGGAAGAGUCCUCCCCCUCACAGUUACAAACAAAGAGGGAAACUACCAAAUUCAGACCGACGAAGUCGGACUUAGCCAAGAGAUUUCAAGGGCGAGUGUUCAAGUGUCAGAAGCAAAGUGUGUGUGUCAAGGUCCUCAACAUAAGUAACUAAUAAAGCCAGAAUGUCUUUUAGAUUCAACCUGAAAUAGUUUUUCAUUUACAAAGAUGAGUGUGGCACAGAGUAUAGGCUGCCUCUAGCGCGCCGCGUUCCUUCCUCCGUCGGGCCCCUGCUGUCCAGUGGGGCAACAUCUCUCUGGGAACAGAGUUCUACCUACCUACUCGCUUAAUAAAUCAACUAAGACCUCCUUAAGCAGUCAGUGAUCAAGUAGGAGUUGUCUGGCUGGGGAAAUGGCAAGCAGUGUCUAGAAGGAAUCUGUCUGAGUAAACAGAACCCAAGAAAUGCCACAGCAGACACAGCUGAGAAUUCUAAGUUGCUCUAAAACAAAAGGCUUUUUAGUACAGAGACCUGACUAGAGCUAAUGCAUCCAAGAUACCAAGAAAACAGUUCAAAAUCUGUAACAGCAGAGGUGGCCCAGCUGACCCCUACCUAACAGCAUGGAGGGCCUUUCCGGUGCCCCAGGCCCUUUUCCAUGCCGGAGCCCCAGAGCGCUGGCUGGCUGAGAGCAGACUCAGGAUGUACUCUCUCCACGCUCAGAACUCAAAGCAGACCCAUGGCAGGGGCGUGGGGGGUGGUCAGCGCUGUGUGGAUCUGUCUGUUCUGGGCCAGAGGAAGCCGCAUUGGGGAGGCCAGCAGCUCUCUCGAACUCAGCACGGCCAGCGAGGUUUGGUUCCUCAACCAAGACCGCACAACCAUCCUGUUCCAAAGGGACCGCAGUGUUCACUGGCUGAGGGCCCACUGCACAAGGGACAGGGGAGGGAGGAUGGACUAAGUCAAAUGCGCUUGGAGAGACUGAGCUUAAGAGGCAGAAAGCAGCAGCAGCGUUCUAGCAGCAGGAAACCGCCUUGGGGCUGUGCACCUUCUGAGAUCAGACCCUUGCAGCCGGGAAAAGCAACACAAAAGGCAACAUGGUUUUUCCCUUUCCAUCACUGGCUUGUUUACUCAGGCCGACAAACGCUCUUGGAGAGCUGAGCGAGACAUGGAGAAAAUUUGAGGCCGGUGGCCCCGGCCUGACACUGUUAACACCCAGAUUGGUAGGGACCUCGGGAUGGUGCCAGGGCCGCUGUUCACUAGAGACCAGACAGCAUCCACGGGAUGCCUCGCGGGGGUGAGGUAGAUGGUCAUCCUCCUACUCGAGGUACCAGGGGGCCAGCCCACGGCACAGGGAAAGGGAGAGGGAUCCGCCUGGCCCAGCAGCAUGGCCCGCGCUCGCACAGGGCUGAGCCACAUACACACAGCGAGCGACUGCUCCGAGAAAAGUCGGCCUCACGGAACUCCUGCCCUGAGGCCUGCACACCACCAGCUUCCCUUGCUUCAAAACACAGCAUUAAAAAUCCGACUGUCCCGGUUACCUACUUCCACAGGUGGAGCUGGCGCCUGUCCUGCCCAUUAGACAUGCUUCUUGUCACCACGGGAAUCUGGGGGGCGAGGAGGAGAGGGAGGAACGGCCCGGAGUGAGUGGUAGAUGGAAAAGUGCAGAAGGGAGGGGGGAAGGUGGAAGGAGAAGAGGUUGCAAAGCAAAAGGUUUAAAAGCAGGUGAAGUUUAAAAUGGCAUCAAGGAGCGGAGAGCUGGGAGGCGGAGGGGAGCCCUGCGGUAGGGUGUGGGGUAGGUGGGGAAGUGAGGCCGCCAGCAUUACUUCCCGUGCAAGUCACUUAGCUCUACGUCGUCCUUUCGGCGCUUGUGAGUGAAGAGCGAGGUGACCGGGUAGAGCUUGGCCUUGGCCUGGAACCGGUGUCCCGCGAUGUCAAUCUCAUACUCUCCCCGGUUAAUAAAAUCUGCUGUCACCACCUGUUCUUCCCCCGUGUCCUCGGAAAAAUUGUGUACAAAGCCCAAGCAGACGUGGCGCUCCAGGGUGUAGCUGUAGGCACUGCUGGUGGUCUUGCCCGCGUACUGCCCGUUGCGGUAAAUGGGCUCCCCCCACCAUGGCCAGAGGUCCAGGUCGGUGUCGUGGUCGUCCAGGAUGAACAUGGUGAGGCGUUUGUACACCCCGUUCUGCUUUUGCUGCAACAGAGCAUCUCGGCCAAUGAAGUCCAUCCCCUAGGAAAGAAGGCAAGGCUGAGACGGGACGGCCGUGCUGGGUGCAAAGGGGCCCCUGGCGUCCCUGGCCUGGGGCAGCACUCGGCACCCCCCCCCAAACCCGGUUUCCCACUGCAUGAAAAACUGCGUUCACCAUAGUAAAGACCUCUUCGGGGACCUUCUGUAACACAAGCAUUUUUCAGAUUUCAACCACAAGACCACACAGAAAAUAUUUAGGAAGAAAAAUCCUCCAAACGUACUCACUAGAAUUAUUUUAGAAAAACUAUGUUUUUAUCUAUGUAGAAUCUCAACAAAAAGCCCACACACGUACAUCUAUAGUCAAUGCUUGUAGGUUCGCAUAGGCAACCUAAGCAGGUAUGAACAGAUAAAAUGGUGUGUUUUAAUUUUCUUGAUACUCUUUGCUAUUUUCCAAAAUUAGUAUUCAUUACUUUUAUAUCGGAGAGAAAACCGUUACCUGUAAUUGUGCACGGAGAAGACUACAGAGCUGUACUGCAAGGGAAGGCCUAAGAUCAUCUGUGCAGCAGGAGCGAGUGCGGGGAGCCCGGCUGGGGGUGGCGGGGAGAGGAGCACACGCUCAGAGGGAGAGAGAGCAGCUCGGGGUGCAGGUUGGUGGGGGGCAGACGUGGGAAAGAGAUUUUUCACUAACAUCCUCUUGACCUAGCACUUUUCUAAAAAAUGAUGUUCCUAUUUACUUUGAAAAGAAAGAAAACUGAGGUAGCUGACUCUAAGAGGAGUACAGUGUACAAAGGUCCAUGGCAUGGAAAUGGAGAAACUUCCCCAACAGCCCUCCGUCUGCAGGAGCGCCAAGCAGGAUGCCUUCCACCUCAGCCGCUCCUUUCUGAGGCCACGUACACUCCUGCGGCAGGGGGUGGCUUGGGGGAGCCCUUGGGCCGCGCAGAUACAGUACCUUCUCCAGUUUCACCCGAGAUUCUCGUCCACAUUCCAGGGGGGUGGUGAGGGUAUUUAAAUCCUGACCCCAGAAGGCAAAAAACUUCUCAAUUCGAAGACUACGAAGCGCAUAGUACCCAGCAUUCCGGAUUCCGUAUUUCUGCCCAACACUCAUCACCUCGUUGUACACGUGCAGGGCAUACUAGAGGGGGAGACGAGAGGUCAGUGACUCGCACAUCAGCUCGACGUGGGGGUGUGUCUGGCAGUGCCGAUGGCAGGCCUCCUAGACUCUGACAAGGCAGAGGGUGUACGAAGUUCUCAGGAUGUCUCAUCUUUGACAAACCAAAGCAUUAUCCCCCCAGGGGUGAUGAGCCAGGGUCCCAACCCCAACAUUAAGCUCCAUGAAAGCAGUACCCCAUCUUUCCCUUCCCUCCAAGGCCUAGAACAGGGAGCAGUCCUCAAGGACCAAUCCUAGACUCGUGCUUACCCCCGCGGCACGGCCAGGCCCAUCCCUGCCCCUGCAGCAGCUCACUCAUCCGCCACGGGCUUUGCUCUCUCGCCCCGCUUGGCUCCCCUGUGACCCUCAUGCACUGCCCGGGCUAGGAAAUGUAUCACACACAACUCUGCCCAGUCUCUGACUUUUUCACAGAGAACAUCACAUCCGGACACCCAGAUCAAGUCACAAAGGAGCCAGGAAGGCAGCCCAGCCCUACCCGUGUCCCACAGCAGCCAGCCUCUCGUGGCAUUCUUUUCUUGGUUCUAGAAACCUUAAGUAUCAGAUACCUUAAGCAAAGUUUUCCAAAUGGAAAGUGAAUGCUCAAUCCCUAACUAAACACGCUGUGUAGAAUCUAAAGCCCAGAACAGAUGAUGUUAUUUGCUAGAAAAACUGUGAAACAAAA